AUGUCGACUACUAAAGCAGGGACGGCUGCGGCCGACUCCAAGUCCUUUGACAUUGUUGCGACAUACAAUGAGCUCCUUCGCUCUGAUCCCGACAUUACCAUGCCCAUCGCUGCUAUUGAGGCGCUGGUACAUGUCCUCACCCACUGCCCUUCCUCUACAAUCUCCGAAACCCUCGAUCUUCUAGAAAAGUCCACCGCCCACCUCAAACGAUCCAUUCCCAAUCCUAUCGGUCUGUCAGCUGGCACCGAUCUUUUCCAGCGCUACCUAAUUACCACACUACAACGUCCAGGCCAACUGGGACCGGCCGGCGACUUCAAAGCUAUUCGCACACAUUUACUGUCCAAUGGCCGUCUGUUCAUUCGCCGAGCAAAGGAGAGCCGUCAAAAGAUUGCGGCUUUCGGCAGAGGCUUCAUUCGCGACGGCUGCACGGUACUUACGAACGGUGGCUCACGAGCAGUGGCAUCUUUGCUACAGAAGGCCGCUGAUGAGGAAGGUGGCCCAUCCGCGGUGCGCUUCCGGGUAAUCUAUGUCCUGUCAUCGAUGAGCAAGAAUAUUGAGGAGCCCUCUGGAGAACCGGAGGGCAUGGAGACGGUGCGUGCUUUGCGGGCCAAGGGAGUCCCCGUUGCGACUAUUCCCGAGUCGGCGGUGGCAUAUGCGCUUGGAAAGACGGAUAUGAUCAUUGUCGGUGCUGAAGGUGUGGUGGAAAAUGGUGGCAUCGUGUCUCGUAUGGGUACUUACCAGAUUGGCCUGCUUGCCAAGGCCAUCGGCAAGCCGUUCUACGUGGUCGCUGAGAGCCACAAGUUCGUGCGGCUCUUUCCCCUGGGUCAAUACGAUCUACCUAUUGAACAACAUGUUGUGGAUUUCAAAUCCGCCGAUGACAUUGCCGAGGAAAAGAAGCGGAAACAACAAACGUUUGACGUGGGUAACGGCGACAAGCCUGUCGAGCUGCCACUCUCUGACUCAGUCGAUUUCACGCCGCCGCACCUGAUCUCCGCGCUGAUCACUGACAGCGGUGUCUUGACGCCGAGUGCCGUCAGUGAAGAGCUGAUUAAGAUUUGGUUCUGA